AGCUAUCUUGUUUCACAGAAGGUUCAACAGAGAAUAUUAAUCACACCAAUAAUAAUAUAUUUAUGAUACGAUAAACUUUAACAGAUUGCGUUUGUUUUAGUGUACAUGAUAAAUAUCGUUUAGUGAAAAUUUUGAAUUUGUAUAAUAAUGAUGGUUAACAUAACGAGAAACCAAGUUAAAAAUAUAGGAAAUGUUUUGAAUGAUAAAACAAGACCCUUGAAAGAGAGAUUUCGUGCUCUAUUUUGCCUUCGAAACAUUGGAGGACCCUUUUCUAUUGAGGAAAUUGAAAGAUCUUUUAAGGAUCCCUCAGCUUUGCUAAAACAUGAGUUAGCAUAUUGUUUAGGACAAAUGCAAGAUAAAGAAGCAAUUCCAGUGUUGGUACAUGUGUUAGAAGAUGAUUCACAGGAAACUAUCGUACGCCAUGAGGCAGCUGAAGCUCUUGGAGCUAUUGGUAGUAGCGAAGUUAUACAAAUAUUGGAAAAGUUUAAAAAUGAUCCUGCUAUAGAACUUGCAGAAACAUGCGAGUUGGCUUUGGAGAGAAUAAAAUGGAUGCAAAUUUCUAAUAAUUUGAAGAGCCUCCAAAAAAAUCCAUAUAAUUCAGUUGAUCCAGCACCACCAUUUGAUUCAUCGAAUGAAAUAGAUUUGAGAGCUAUAUUGUUAGAUGAAAACAGCAAUCUUUUUCAAAGAUAUCGGGCUAUGUUUUCAUUAAGAAAUUUACAAACAAGCGAAGCUGUUCGGACUCUCGGCACAGCAUUGAAAUAUGGUGGUUCUUUAUUUCGACAUGAAAUUGCUUUCGUAUUGGGGCAACUGCAACAUACAGAAGCUGUACCUUUCUUAAUAGAAUCUUUGAAAGAUGAAACGGAAAAUGAAAUGGUGAGACAUGAGUGUGCCGAAGCAUUAGGUGCUAUUGCAACUGAAGAAUGUAUAGAUAUUUUGAAAAAAUUUCUUGAAGAUAGUAAAAGGGUAGUUAGAGAAAGUUGUGAAAUUGCUUUAGAUAUGUGCGAAUAUGAGACUAGUCCUGAAUUUCAAUAUGCUAAUACUUUACUGAAAAUUUAAUAUAUAAUUUUCUAUUAUGUAUUAUUCUUUAAUACGAAAUAUAUGUGAUACAUUUUAA